AUGUCAGUCAAGGACCGAGAGGUAUUGAAGCUAUGGGAGGGCAAUGUGGUAAUGAAUGGAGGUCACUAUCAACUGCCCAUACCAUUCAAAGAACGACCCCCGCCACUUUGUGACAAUAGAUGGAUGGCCCAGCAGAGACUCCAUUCACUAAGAAGACGACUUCUCAGGGAUACGGCAAUGCAUGCUAAGUAUUCACAGGGCAUGGCUGACCUAGUUGCCAAGGGCUACGCCGAGGAAGUUGAUGAAACUCAACCGCCAAAUGGAACUUGUUGGUACCUACCACAUCACCCAGUGAUAAAUCCGAAGAAACCAGACAAACUUCGGAUUGUGUUUGAUUGUGCUGCCAAGUGCUUAGGAGUUGGUCUGAACGAUGUGGUGAUGCAAGGGCCGGAUCUGACCAACAAGUUGACUGGUGUACUUCUUCGAUUUCGUCGAGCACCAAUUGCCAUCAUGGCUGAUGUGGAAGCCAUGUUCCACCAGGUAACAGUCCAUCCAGAUGAACGAGAUGUACUUCGCUUCUUGUGGUGGCCUGAUGGAAGAGUGGAUGAAGAUCCUAAGAUCUACAGGAUGUGUGUGCACCUGUUUGGGGGUACAUGGAGCCCCAGCUGUUGCUCGUUUGCCAUGCGGCAAACAGCAAAGGACUAUGGAGAUCAGUGCAAUACACAAGCACCAAGAGUAGUAGAGAUGAAUUUCUACGUAGACCACUGCCUGGUCUCUGUUGAAGAGGAAGAUGAAGCUAUAAGACUGGCAUCAGAAUUGAGAACCUUGUUGCAGAAGGGUGGAUUUCGACUCGCUAAGUGGAUGAGUAGCAACACAAGAGUUCUGCAAACCAUACCAGUACAAGAUCGGGCCAAGCAAGUGGUUGGACUCGACCUGAACUUUGAUGCCCUACCAAUAGAGCGUGCACUUGGUAUGAUAUGGGAUGUAGAAAGAGAUAGCUUUGUCUACAAGAUUCAGGCGAAGGACAAGCCUUUAACACGAAGAGGACUCUUAAGUGUUGUUUCUUCUGUCUACGACCCUUUGGGAUAUGCUAGCCCAUUUGCACUGAGAGGGAAGUUGAUUCUUCAGGAGUUGACCCGGAAGAAGCUGAACUGGGAUGAGCCUAUCCCUGACAGUGAUGCAAAGAAAUGGAAGGCUUGGAUUGAGGAACUUCCACAGAUGGAAGGAGUUGAGGUCAGUAGAUGUGUCAAGCCUCACGACUUUGGCAGGAUAACUGAUUACGAGAUCCACAACUUCUCUGAUGCAUCUGAAGUAGCCUACGGGGCCGUAUCAUAUCUAGUGAUGAGGAAUGAGGAAGGACAUGUUCAUAGCAGUAUCAUUAUGGCCAAGUCACGCCUUGCUCCAGUAAAGACCGCUACCAUACCUCGACUAGAAUUGAUGGCAGCUACACUCGCUGUGAAUAUGGAUGUCGUGAUAAGAGGAGAGCUUGACCUGCCUGUGAAGAAAUCAUACUUUUGGACUGACAGUAUGAUAGUGUUGCACUACAUAAAUAAUGAACAUAGAAGGUUUCGUGUCUUUGUGUCAAACAGGGUGGCUAUCAUACACAAUGGCACAGAGAUAGAUCAAUGGAGACAUGUUGGCACAAAGGAGAAUCCGGCAGACAUCGUAUCCAGAGGCAUGUCACCGUCUGAUCUGAAGGAUGAUGAGAAGUGGUUUGUUGGACCAGCCUUUCUACAACAGCCAGAGGAGAGAUGGCCCACAUGUCCCAUAGAGAAGGAUGGGAUCAGAGAGGAUGAUCCAGAGGUGAAGCCUGUAGUCCAGAACUUUGCUACAAGUGAGGGCAAGAAGUGCAUUGACCAGCUCUUCUUGCACUAUUCGUCCUGGACGAGACUACGCAGAGCGGUAGCUUGGUGGAUGAGGUUGAAGGAAACCCUUAGUAGGAAUGUAAAGAACUGUACUCCAGUUAAAGAAUUGAGCAGACACUUGACAGUGGAGGACUUGAACUAUGCUGAAAAUGCCAUCUUUCAGCAUAUUCAGACCGAGUCGUUCGAUGAGGAGAUGACAACCUUAAGGGAGAGAGUUAGAGAUCCACAGGGACGAGAGAGACCUGUGAAGAAGGGGUCGAGGCUUGCAAGGUUGGAUCCUGUUUUGCAAGAUGGUCUACUGAGGGUAGGAGGCAGGCUUGGACGAGCACAUAUCCCAGACACUGCAAAGCAUCAGGUGAUACUGCCUAGAAGGCAUCAUGUGUCAGCACUGUUGGUAAGGCACAUACACGAGAAGGUUGGACAUCAAGGCAAAAAUCAUGUUUUGGCAGAACUCAAGCAGUACUACUGGAUUCUGGGAGCUGGGGUCCUGGUGAGAGGCUUGGUAAGCAAGUGUGUAACUUGUCGUCGUUACCAGGCCAAGGUCGGCAAGCAGAAGAUGGCUGAUCUACCUGCCUUCCGAGUAGUAGCUGAUGAGCCAGCAUUUACACAUGUGGGGAUGGACUACUUCGGUCCUUAUGAGAUCAAGUGUGGGCGCUCUGUAAGAAAGAGAUACGGCGUGAUAUUCACAUGCAUGACAACUAGAGCUAUCCACAUCGAGGUUGCCAAUUCUUUAGACACCAGCUCAUGCAUUGAUGCCAUCAGACGCAUGAUGAGCAGGAGAGGACUAAUAAAGAGGUUGGUCUCGGACAAUGGCACCAAUUUGGUAGGCGCUAAAGCUGAGCUGAGGAAGGCACUGAGUGAUUGGAACGUUGAUGAAAUCUCAAACUUCACGGCUAAUCACAGUAUAGAUUGGAGUUUCAACCCGCCAGGGGCCUCACAUCAUGGCGGUGUGUGGGAGAGACAAAUAAGGACAAUCAGGAAAGUACUGCAUGUUCUUCUCAACGAGCAGUAUUUAAGGACAUGUCAGUCGGAGGAGCAGCUUCACACUCUGAUGUGCGAGGUAGAGGCAAUCAUCAACAGCAGGCCUCUUACUCGUGUCUCAGCCUGA